CUCCAACCCGAUCGGCCUAAAAGCACUCGACUCAAACAGAGCUGGGCUCCUUCACUUACUGUGAUCGAAGCAAAUAUGAAUUGCAAACCACGGACCAGUUGAAAAAGCGAGAAGUCAGUGGCCAUGAGCCUGAAAGGUCAGGAGAUGGACAUCUGUGGUUCAGAGGCAGAGAACUUCAGCAGUCUGAAGGAUGAGGAAGAUGCGGUAUGGGAGAAUGUCGAGUGUAACCGCCAUGUCCUCAGCCGAUACAUCAAUCCGGCCAAGCUUACACCCUACCUUCGACAGUGCAAAGUCAUCGAUGAGCAGGAUGAAGAUGAGGUGCUCAAUUCACACAUGCUACAGUCCAAAAUUAACAGAUCAAGCCGUCUGCUAGAUAUCCUUCAGACAAAAGGACAGAGAGGAUAUGUUGUUUUUCUGGAGAGUCUGGAGUUCUAUUAUCCGGAACUGUACAAGUUGGUCACUGGAAAGGAGCCCACACGGAGAUUCUCUACAAUAGUAGUGGAAGAAGGACAUGAAGGUCUGACACAGUUCCUGAUGAAUGAAGUGAUAAAACUACAGCAGCAGACGAAGGCAAAGGAGGUGUCACGAUGUGACCUGCAGGUUAAGAUGAAACAACUGGAAGAUGAGAAAAAACAGCUGAAGCUGGUGAACCAAGAGCUUCACACGUUCCAGGAACGUUACAACAAGAUGAAGGAGGAAAGAAACAACUACAAUGAUGAGCUUAUGAAAGUCAAGGAUGACAAUUACAAUUUGGCCAUGAGAUACGCACAGCUUAGUGAGGAAAAGAAUAUGGCAGUGAUGAGAAGCCGAGAUCUGCAACUUCAGAUCGAUCAGCUGAAACACAGGUUAAACAAGGUGGAGGAAGAAUGCAAAUUGGAACGCAACCAAUCCCUCAAACUGAAAAAUGACAUUGAGCAGAGGCCAAGGAAAGAGCAGAUGCUGGAAUUAGAACGAGAGAAUGAAAUGUUGAAGACUAAAGUCCAGGAACUACAGUCGGUUAUUCAGGCUGGGAAACGUAGUUUACCCAAUUCUGAAAAGGCAAUCCUUGACAUCUUGGAACACGAUCGUAAGGAGGCUUUGGAAGACAGGCAAGAUCUUGUUAACAAGAUUUACAACUUGCAGGAAGAGAACAGACAAGCAGAGGAGCUCAGGGAUAAGUACCUAGAGGAGAAAGAGGAUUUGGAGUUAAAAUGCUCAACGCUGGUUAAAGACUGUGAAAUGUACAAGCAUCGGAUGAACACUAUCAUGUUUCAGCUGGAGGAAGUGGAAAAAGAGAGAGAUCAGGCAUUCAGAUCUCGAGAUGAAGCCCAGACACAAUUCUCACAGUGUCUGAUUGACAAAGAUAAAUAUCGAAAACAAAUCCGGGAACUGGAGGAAAAGAAUGAUGAGCUCCAGAUUCAGAUUGUCAGGAAGGAAGGAAAAAUUGUAGCCAUGGAAUCAAAGCUCCGACGUAUGUCCAAAGAUACCAUUUCUGCAGACCAGAGUCUGCCACGGAAUAUUCCAGUCACCAUUAUCUCUCAAAACUUCUGCCAUUCCUGUCAAAAGACCAAUGGACAGGAGCCGCAGGAGCAAGCGAGUUCAUCGACCUCAGAGGAAUCUCCUGAAGACAAUGAAUUUUUUGUACAGGAGUCUCGACUAAGACGGAGACCGAACCUUAAAGUAUUCGGAAUUGGAAGGCCCAAGUCUCCAUGCACCCUUCCCAGACAUCAAGAUUAUCAAGAUGAAGAUUUGUCAGAUGUCAGCAGCAUCAAGAUGGAAACUCCUAAUUCCAUUAAUGGCUGUGAUCCUCUGAGUUCAAUGCAGACAUUGAGACCUCGAUUUCCCAGUGUGAUGUCAACUACCCCUGAACCACCAUGCAAUGAUUCAAUCCUACGGAGGACCAGAGAGGAAGAUCGGGAGAUGCCACACAGAAAUAUAACAGAGGAGGACAAUGAUAGCAUCUGCUGUUAUAACUUUGAUACCAACCAAACAGAAACAGAUGAUGAAUAUCAGGAGAGGACUUCUUAUGGACCACCAUCUGUCCAUUCAUCAUCAUCAUCCUAUCAAUCUGAAGCAUUAGAUGCGUGUGAAUUGGAUCAUGUGAACUCUAUAUUCAGAAAAUUCUCCUUGGAGAGACCUUUUCGUCCAUCUGUAACCUCCGCCUCUCAGAUCAGUAACCCUCUGAAACAAAUGCUGCAUACAACACUCAACGGUGACAACUUGGUGUCAGAAAUCUCUUUUGUCGGUGGAAAUGAGAGAGGUCUUUUCAUCCAGUCAGUACAGCCAGCUUCUGCUGCAGAGAAGGCAGGACUGAAAGAAGGGUACCAGAUGAUCUUGCUGGAAGGAUGCAUCAGGGGAGAAAAUCAAACUGUGGCUUUGGAAACCGCUACUAAAGAAGAAGCCCAUUGGACAUUACAACGAUGCAAUGGACCAGUGACGCUGCACUUUAAAGCAAACUUUGAUGGUUACAAGAAGUUGCAAAAGGAUCUGGAAGAUGGUUGCAUCAUGUCUGGUGAUUCUUUUUACGUUCGAGUCAAUCUGAGUAUCUCUGGACAGACAGACAGCUGCUCAAUGUGUGUGAAGUGUGAUGAGAUUAUUCAUGUUUUAGACACCAUGUACCAGGGCAAAUGCGAAUGGCUAUGUGCGCGAGUCGACCUGUUCACGGACAAAGACCUGGAGAAAGGCACCAUUCCUAGUUACUGCAGAGCUCAGCAGCUGCUCUUGGUGAAGAUUCAGAGAUUGAUGUACCGUGGCAGCAGAGAUGAGACAGACAAUCAAUAUAGCACACUCCGAGGAUUAUGGAGCUUUUUCCAGCCCGAAGAACAGCCUCCUAUUGAUCCCAAGGCUCCCCGUCUCUCACGAGCGAGUAUCUUCCUCGGUCAGAUUUUACAGUUUGUCAGCAGGUCCGAUAACAAGUACAAAAGACUAAACAGCAGUGAGCGUGUGCGAAUUGUCACCAGCUCCCCAUCUGGUCCAGUGAAAGCCUCUUUCGAAACACUGAAACUCUCAGCUGACAAGCAAGAUGAUGUAGAUCCAGAAAGUGACAUCAAGAAGAAUUUCAGUCUGAUUCCAUACAGCCUGGUCCAUCCGUACCAUACCCAGCGGAAACGUCCUGUGUUGUUCUCACCCACCCCACUAGCUAAAAUGCUUGUGCAAAAGUUACUUAAUUCUGGAGAAGCCAUGGAAUUUGAUAUUUGCAAAACAGAUAUUUUAAACAAAGAAGAAUAUUUACAGAAACAGAAGUCUGAGCCAAUUAUUUUUUCCCGAGAAAAACAUUUAAACGCCUUUGAAUGUAUCAUGCCUGCCAACAUCAAAGCUGUAACUGCCAAGAAUAAACAUUGUUUACUGGAAGCCGGACUGAGCUGCACAAGAGAUUUAAUUAAGAAAGACAUCUAUCCAAUUAUAAUCGUCAUUAGAGUCUGCGAGAAGAACAUCAAACGAUUCAGGAGGCUGCCAGCAAAACCAGAUAGUGGUGAAGAAGAAUUAUUGAAAAGCUGCCGCUCAAAUGAAAGUGAGCUGGAGGCUCUUCCCUGUUUGUACACCACAGUGGAGGCUGACUCGUGGAGUAACAUUAAGGAGCUCAUUAAAAUCAUCAAAGAGAAAAUCAUUGAAGAGCAGAAGAAGACAAUUUGGAUCGACCAGGACCAGCUCUAGAGUUACUACAAGACAGCAACCACUAGGACUUGACUGAAUGAUAAAGCACCCACCAUAUUUGGACCUACAAGCUGAAAAUGAGUGCUUUGAGAGAUGGUAGGUGGGCAGCCAGCCACAGAAUGAUGCUUUUUUGAUAGAUGAUUGACUCAGCUCAGUAGUCAUAUAGCUCAGUGGUCAUAUAGCUCAGGGACUCGUGGACAAAACAAUACUUGCUGUUUAAAAGUUGCAGGUUUAAAGAAGGCACAGUCAAAACGAUUAAUCAUUCUGGUGGUUUCAAAGUCUCUUUAUGUGUGGCUAGAGAUAACCAAGGCUGAGAAAAAGAUGUCACCAGAGCAUUCUUUUGGUUAAUCCUUGAUGUGUGAUUAUUGCUUAAGUAAUUACAAUUUCCAGUUUAGUCUGUUUUCUUCAACUCUGCAUCCAAAGACAAGGAAGGCAAAUGGUAAAUUGACCCUUCAGAUCCUACCAAUCUGACACCUCCCGCUCAACUAGAAUUAUCUAAUUAUGUUUGUAUGAGGAGAAUGUUCUACUUUAAGGGUAGGUUGUUUAAACUGCAUUGGUAAUCUCAUCCAUAUAUUAAGUCUUGCUAUUGGUGGGUUAAAGCUGCAAGAUAUGUGGGGAAGGUUUCACUGUGGAUUGUCCUUACUUACAAACAAAACAAAAUAAUGUCAAGA